GCGGGGUGGGGCCUCCCCUCGGGCAGACGCGGCCAGGCGGCGGCCGCCGGGCCGGCGCUGCGCCCGCUGGGCCCGGGCUGCUGCGCGGGGCUCGGGGAGGAGGACGGGUACCGCCACGAGGCGGGCCUGUCGACGGAGAGGUGCCUGGAGCUCUGCCGCGAGGAGUGGCCGCGCUGCCUGGCGGCGGAGCACAACUCGUGGUACAUCGGCACGUGCUCCCUGUUCCUGCGGCCAGCCAGCGGGCUGGACUGCCCCCUGAGCAGCAAGGCUCCCGGGCCCCCAGUCGCUGGGGCGACCACGCCGCGUGGCGAGUCAGGGGCGGGGUCCCUGGUCAUCGCACGGCUUCGGCAGCGCGAGCGCAGGGGGGAAGUGGGAAAGAGAAGGCCUGCUCGGAAGGCGGCGGGGCUUUUCAGAAGCCUUCGCGCCUUCUGAGAAGUUCUCUGUGUCUUCGGGG